UUCGUCGUUAAAUGUUAUGAGAUUAUGUGGGUACCAACUGACUGAAAUUUACGUGUAUUCGAGAUUCGAACAAGGAAAUUAUUUUGUUGGUAAAUUGUGUGAAUAUGUUCAUAUUAAGAGCAUACUUGAAAGAAAGGAAGUGAAGAACUACUAAAAUUCUAAAAUGCCACUUCCAGCUGCAUUAGCUGCCCGGCUUGCUAAAAGAGGGCUUAUUACUGGAUCAGAAAAACACGAAUCUUCAAAAAAAGAAUCAAGAAAAAAAAUCCAUGAGGAAGUAAUAGCUGAAGAUUAUGAUAGUACAAAAGAUGAUAUUAAUCAAAUUGACAUAUCACAAAAAUUUAUGGGAUAUAGUGGUUGUCCCAAUAAGUAUAAUAUUUAUCAUGAAUGUACAAAGAAGUGCAAAGAGUUAUGGGGUCUUGGACAUGUACAACCUUCUGACAAAUACUUGAAAAAGCAAAUAAGAUUAAUACAGAAGUACCCCUUACCAGAAACCUGGAAAGCUGUUUAUGACCCUGGAUCUGGUCAACAUUAUUAUUGGGACUGGUCAUCUGAUUUGGUAUCUUGGCUACCACCGGGCCACCCAAAAUGUCAAAUAUCUCAACCAGCUUCUCAGUUAAGAGAAGAAUUACAUCUAAAAGCAGCAGAUCAAGAUGACAAUAUGUCUAGUGAUGACAGUGGUAGUGAACAAGAGUCAAUGGAAGUGGAUGAACCAGACAUAAAGAAAGAUAAAAAAUUAGAGACUAGAUCAAGACACAAACCUGGAGAUAGUAAAAGAAAUCAAAGAUUAGAAAAAUCUGAGAACAAAGAAAAGAAAGACAGAACUUUAGAUCCUAUGGAUCCAGCAUCUUACAGUGAUAUUCCACGGGGAAAAUGGUCUGAUGGUUUAGCACGACACAAUGAAGCUAAAACAGGAGCAGACACAACUGCUUCAGGACCACUUUAUCAAAUGAGGCCAUAUCCUAGUCCAGGUGCGGUUUUGCGAUCAAAUAGAGCUAACAAAACAGAUUCAGAAUCGUCUAACAAACCUAAAGUAUCGUGUCCCGAAAAACCAGAAUAAAUUUCUUUUUUAUACCUUUCAGUCUAUUAUGCAAUUUAUUAUACAUGUCUAAUGUAAAUAUAGUGUAACUUAUCGAAUUUGUCAGUAAUCUUAUUAUUAUAUUAUCUCUAUGUAUAAAUGAGCGACUAAAUAAAUACUUUGCCAUUUUUACUUGCUAAA